AUGUUUUCGGCACCACAGGCUCCAGUUCAAUCACCCUGGGGCCAGAAAACAGCCCCAGGCACCUUCGGCACGCAGCGUGGAACGCCCGGUGGUAUGCCAUCUACGCCGAUGGCAUCUUCGCAAAACAACUGGUUGCAGACCCAAGGCCCGCCUGGCCAAGGUGGCAUGAACAACACGCUCGGCACGCCUGGCCAGUUUGGCUCCCUGCAGCAGCCAGGCCAGGGUUUCAGCACACCACAGCAGCCAGGAGCUACCGGCCUAUUUGGUACACCGCAGAAUGCCUCGCCUGCUCCCUUUGGCGCCGCAGGCGCUACAGCCUCGCCCUCGCAAGCCGCGACGUCAGGCUGGGGUCAUGGUGCGCAAGCAUCGCCAAUGAACCAGGCACCGGUAGCGUAUCUACCUGGCUACUUGAACAAAAUGCGCGCUGGAGAACGCGCAAACUCAGCAUCGCUUGCGCGGCCUGGCACAGAAUCGACUUCGCCUGCUGCCAAAGUCGACCCUGACACGUCGCUGCUAGCGAGUAACGAUGGUACGCAAUCGCGCCAAGCUCCUACGCUAUCGCCUACAAAUGGCUUCCAUUCCUCCUUCUUCUCGCGGGGAAGCGUCGAUUUUGGCGAUUCGACAUCGACACGCUCACUUCUGCCUGGCGGCCAAGGUGUGCGCGAAGGCAGCAUCUUUGGGCAUGGCGGACUGCGUGGCUCAAUGAGGGGGAAUGAGGAGGCAGACCGGUCCAUGUCACGGCCUCCUCGCUCGCCGUCGGUGCCGAACACGAGCACCAUGUUCAGCCAGGCAGAUACAACAGCCUUUGCGCCCGGCUCCAUGGACGACGAUGAUGCGCCGCCGCAAGAAGCGCUGUGUGAUGUGCCGCAAAUGCAAGCGCAGCGCGUAUGGGACGCGUCGUCGUCGGUAGGUAUGGGACCGUCGCCACAGCCGCCUCACACCGCCACAACGCCCAUGCCUACCCAGGAAAUGCCGGCCAACCAACGUACUGUCAUUGUGUAUGGUUUCCCGCCAUCGCUGCGUCCCAUGGUCUUGGAACAAUUUAGUUCCAUCGGUGGCCUAGUCUCGGCGGACGAUGUAGACAUGCCAGCAGCGCUCACGCCCGCAGCAGCGGCCCAGAUGCCAGACUUGCCCAAACCACUGCGCCUUACGUACUCCGAUGCCGUCCAAGCCAUGCAUGCCAUGCGACAGACAGGACGACCUGUUGCAGGCAUGUGCAUGAUUGGCGUGCGUUGGGAGAACGAUGCCAUGCAUCAGCAAAGCUUGGUACGCGGCUUGGAUGCACCUCUCUUGUCGCACAGCUCUAUGGAUACCCGUACUCCGUCCGCUGCCGCAAAGCCAGCCGCGGUACCUACGACGCCAGCGUCUUUUACAAAGGGAGCAUGUACAAAUGCGCCAGCAUUUGGCCGGCCGAUUAGCAAGGUGGACACACCUGUAGCGGCAUUGGCGCAGUCCUCCGCCCAGACAACCUCGGUUCAUUCGCCUUUCCGUGCCGUGGUGCAUGCCGGCGAGUCGCUUCUGCGUGGCUCACAGUCCCAAACCGGAUCACAGGCCAAGGCCUCGGCGAAGAAUGCAUCUGGAGCCGACACGGCGAACACCUCGGGCGUGCUAGGGCGCUUAGCGGAUGGUCUCUUUGGUUGGUAA